AAAUGUUUUUAUUUUACCAAUAAUAUCAAUGCCGCAUUGGCGGUAAAACGCUAGCCACUAGCCAGUCGCGUACGUUGUCAUCGUUGUGGUUACGCUGCGGACGAUGAUGAUGCGCGCCGCUGAUUGAGAAAUUGCAAAGAUGUAAUAACAAUUUUGUGGUUAUUUUUUUUCCUCCUCUCCGUUUAAGCGACGCAUCACGUAUAAUAUAAAUAUAAACUAUUAUUUUGUCGCACGAGAGCUAUUUAAAGCGAUCGACGUCAGCGAAACUUGCUAUAAGCAGAAUUCGGCUUCGACGUUGGCACCAGGCCACUGUUCGUUCGUCUCGAGAUCGUCUGUGGUCGCCGGGCGCCGUAGCUAACGGCUGACGACUGCGACGUGGGCCAUUGUUGUUCAGAUUUUUCUGAGCGCGGCCGUCUGACUUGAGCGCGUGGCCAUGUUCCCAUCAAAGGGAUUUUUCCGGAACGUGUACUUCCAGCCCUACAACGACAGUGGCUCAAAUUCGGUGAAUUUGAUUAACUCGGCCAAGAAUAGUUUACAUUUUGUACAACGACUUGACCUGGAGAAAACUUUGGACAUUCAUUACGGAUCUGUGAAUUCUGUGAAUUGGAAUGAUUCUGGAACUUUAUUACUUACGGCUGGUGAUGAUAAGCGCAUAGUGAUCACUAAUCCAUUUGCAUACCAUGUUUUUGUUAAUUAUAAAACAAAUCAUAAAACCAGUAUUUACUGUGCAAAAUUUUUACCCACUUCAAGCACCCAUAUAAUUUCAUGUAGUUCAGAUGGUUCUGUUCUCAAUCUUGAUUUGGAAAGAAUGAAGGAAACAGAGUGGAAUUUCUUUACUUGCCACAGUAGCCAAUGCUAUAAACUAGAAACAAUACCCGGCGAAGAUAAUAUAUUUUUAAGCUGUAGCGAAGAUGGUACGGUUCGCCAAUAUGAUCUCAGAACUGGUGUUAAAUGUUCUAAAGAACAUUGCUCUGACCAUGAAUUCAUUGAUUGCGGUCAACCUGUUUCCACUAUUGCGAUAAAUCCAGUUAAACCUUAUCAACUUGCAAUUGCCACUAUUGAUAGUAUAGUUAGAAUAGUUGAUAGAAGAAAAAUUAUGAAAAAAGGUUUAUUUAAAAAUAUUGUUCCUGAAUUUGCCUUUACUGUUCCUCAUCUAAAUCAUCGUGCUUAUCGUAUAUCAUCACUGUCAUACUCACCUGAUGGCGAGGACAUGCUUGCCAGCUAUUCCAAUGAAGAAAUAUAUUUGUUUAGCCUCAAUAAAGAUUCAUGUACUGCAGAAGUUGUAAAUGACUAUUUAAAAAAUGCUCCAACUCCACCACCAUACAGGCAGAUAAGAUUAAGAGGUGACUGGUCAGAUACUGGUCCUUCAUCGAGACCAUCUACUGAUGAUCCUACAAGAUCAAGGAUUCAGACUCGUUUUAUGGAUCGAAUGACUGAAGUGCUGAUUAAUGUGUUUAAUACACCAGCAUUACAUAAUGACUUUUUGCAAAAUUGGCAACCAAAUUAUUCUCAAUCCUUGGGAGAUUUACUAAGCUCAUCUACACGAGAAGGCGAAGUAUCCCGAUCUGAUAUUUUAAACCGUUCUAAUAGGUCUACGGAAAUUGCCAACUCAAGUGAAAAUAAUACUGAACAGUCUAAUUCAAAUAGUGAUUGUCACAAAGUUGAAAAUAAAUCAAAAACGAAUAAAAAACCUUCUGUAUUUGAUGAUCUUAUUGCACUUCAACCAAUCAAAGCACAGUAUAAAGGUCAUAGAAAUGCUAGAAACUUUUCCAGGACCAUACUCAAAGAGGCGACAUUUUGGGGCAACGAUUUCAUUAUAUCCGGCAGUGAUUGUGGUUAUGUGUUUAUAUGGGAUCGUUAUACAUGUGAAAUAGUGAUGUUGCUAAAGGCUGAUGCUAAUGUGGUUAAUUGUAUUCAACCACACCCUAGUAGGCUUUUACUAGUAACUUCUGGUGUUGAUUAUAAUGUUAAGCUCUGGAGUCCAAUAAGUGUUGAUAAAAGGUUUUCUCCAGCGUUUGCAACAGAGUUAGCUGAAAGGAAUAAAUUAAUGAUGGAACAAUCAAAAGAUACAAUUACAGUGUCCCCAGCAUUAAUAGUGCGAAUGUUUUCUUAUUUCAGUGAAUUUAGGCGAGGUGGAUAUGUGGAGAGUGGGAUUACUGAUGAUACAACUUAAUUCAUGUAAAUAUGAUAUCUUUUGGAUUAUUAUAUGUGCUAAUAUUAAAACCCAAUUUUUUAAAUAAUACAGACAGAAUCAAGCUAAGAUCAAGCUUACAAGAUAAAUUAAGUUUUAAAUGAAAUUACUUAAAUGUUCUAUUUUUCUUUUUGCCUCACUUUCCUCACCCCCAAAACUGCAGAAAACAACAGAUUAACUUUUUAAUUUGAAAAUAUUAUGAUUAAAUGAAUUCAGUGAUCGGGAGUGAUACUUGUUAGUUGUUCUACUUACAUAUGAUUUUUAAAUGUCGUUUCUCUCUUAUCUGAAAUUAAAAUAGAUAUUUUAUAACUAGGUCUUUAGUCGAUUUAAUAUGGUCCUCUAAUUAGCAAUCCGGGCUAUUUGGGGAGCUUCCUAAGAAGUUCAACAUAAAUUUAACGCAAUUGUUUUUAUAAUUUUGACUUUUGAAGUUCUUGAACAUGAAGGCUUUUAUUUCCAAACUUCUUUAGUUUUAUUUAAUCCUAAUUAAACCAUCAUCCUAUUUUGACAAUAAUAAUAAAAAAAAACCUAAGAUUAACUAUCACAAAAUUAAAAUCAAGAUUUGGUACCUAUAAUAAACUUUCAAUUUGGUCAACCUUAAAAUCAAAUAAAAGGUUUAAACUAGGUAAUAAAAAAAUGUGUCACUCCUUAGGAGAAGGUCACUGCAUUUCUGUGAAUUUAGUUAUGAUAAUAGAACAUAAACUAUUUUAUUAUUAUGCUGAUAAUUAUUAUGUUAAAUCUCAUUUGGCUUGCUUUAAUGAAUUCUAAUAUGAAUUUAAAAUCUCUUAAGAAAAUGUUAUUUGCUAAUUUCAAGUAAUAAGGAAAGAAAAUUAGAUUUUAUACCUAAUGUCCUAUGACCUUUUUACUAUUUGUAUAUUUAAGAUAAAAUGAUUGUUCAAAAUAUUGUGUUUUUAUUAUACCUACCUAAUUUAGUAUUGAAAGAUUUAUGUGUUAAUAUUUUUAUUUAUGUAUGCAUGGUUAUUAUUUUGUAUCAAACGUCCGGUUGUCUAUAACUUAUGACAAUAUAGUAGAAUAACUAAAUUGUAUACUUUGACAUAUUUGACAAAUAUGCCACUAAUAUAACCUACAAUAUAUUA